UCUCUUUACCACUAACUCUAACUGAUACAACCCCCAAUGUCGUUCACUGGAGGACUCGACGAGGCAGCCAAGCACGACGUGGUGACCACGAUCGUGGUGUUUGGCGCAUCCGGCGACCUGGCCAAGAAGAAGACAUUCCCAGCGCUGUUCCACCUGUUCCAGCAGGGGCUGCUGCCCAAGCGCACGCGCAUCCUGGGCUACGCGCGCACACAGAUGUCCCGCACCGACUUCACAUCGCGCGUGACGUCGUUCUUUAAGGAGGAUGACCCGCAGGCAGACAUCGACACCUUUCUGGGCAUCUGCGAGUACGUCAGCGGCAAGUACGACGUGGAUGCGGAUUUCGUGCGGCUGCGCGAGGAAAUCGACGCCAACGAGAAGCAGAUGAACAAGCGCGAGGGCGACGAGCGCGUUCACAUCUACUAUCUGGCGCUGCCGCCGUCAGUGUUUGUGUCGGUGGGCAUGCAGAUCCGCCGCAACGUGUAUGAUGCGUCGUGCACGAACCGGGUGUCGAGCCGCGUGCUGAGCCGCGAGAUCGGGGCGCUGUUUGAGGAGGACGAGAUCUACCGCAUCGACCACUACCUGGGCAAGGAGAUGGUCAAGAACAUCCUGGCGCUGCGCUUCGCCAACGUCUUCUACGAGGCCGUGUGGAACCGCCACUACAUUUCCAAUGUGCAGAUCACGUUCAAGGAGCCGUUUGGCACGGAGGGCCGUGGCGGAUACUUUGACGAGUUCGCCAUGAACCAGCCAAAGUCGCUGCGCUCCGAGGACAUCCGCGACCGCAAGACCGAGGUGCUGCGCCGCAUCCUGCCCAUCCAGCUCGAGGACACGCUGCUGGGCCAGUACGUCGGCACGCGCGACGGCAGCAAGCCCGGAUACAAGGACGACGCCACGGUCCCCAAGGACUCGAUCACGCCCACCUUUGCCCAGUGCGUCCUGCACGUCGACAACGACCGCUGGCGCGGCGUCCCCUGGGUGAUCAAGGCGGGCAAGGCCCUGGACGAGGCCAAGAUGGUGAUUCGCAUCCAGUUCAAGGACAUGCCGAAUGCGCUGUUCCCGAGCCUGGCGCGCAACGAGCUGGUCCUGCAGGUGUCCCCGAAGGAGUCCGUGUACAUCAAGACCAUUGUCAAGGAGCCCGGCCUGUCGACCAACCUGGCCAUGUCGGAGCUGGAUCUGUCGUACCACAAGCGCUACCAGGACCUCAAGAUCCCCGACGCCUAUGCGACCUUGAUCCUGGAUGUGCUGAAUGGCGAUCACUCCAACUUUGUGCGCAGCGACGAGCUCGAUGAGGCCUGGCGGAUCUUCACGCCCCUGCUGCACACCAUCGAGAAGGAGCGGGUUGUGCCGCUGCCGUACGAGUACGGCUCGCGCGGCCCCAAGGGCGUCGACGAGUUCCCGAUCGAGCGCGCUGGCUACAAGAUGACCGGUAUCGAGUACCACUGGCAGCCGAAGCAGGCCACCCAGGGCAAGCUCUAAUGCCAGACGAUUCAACGGUAUUAUUGUUUUAGUAAUGGGACCUUGUUAUUUUUAAUGUAUGAAAGCUCCCACUACUGCGGGUAGUUGUACCAGCGCCGGUGGCCGCUUGUGCUCUCGUGCAUCUGGACGGCCUGGUAUGAAAGUGUCGACAUGUGGCAAUCGCGGCACACGUACUCGACGUUGCCCUUGUACAGCAUCUGCACGGGGAUUGAAUAAAAGCUCGGGUCGCACUGCGAGCAUUUGCACGCCUGUC